AUUUACACCUACACUUCUUGUUAGCACAUGUUUCUUUUUCACACAAAACUGCACCGUCUCUGUUACUCCAAUUAAGACUUUGUGAGGGAGACAGAUACAGAGAUACAGACUUGAAUCAAAACCCAAGUGAUAAAAUCGCAUUUCUAGUGAGAAAAAGAUGUUUUAGAUAGAGAGCUUUAGUCACGAUGUACAUCUAGAUACGUGUGUUCUUGUUUUAUGCCUUCAUAGAUUGUAAAGUUUGGUGCUUUCUUUUUUAGUUUUGGUUUCUCUUUGUUUUUUCAUCUUCUAUUACUUCGAAUUUGCUGUGAGAAAUUCUUUGGCGUUAGAUUUUGUUGUAAAGGAGGGUGCUUUGGAUCUGGGUUGGAGUCAACUCAGUGCAUUGACUCGGGAUUUGUAAUGGGUUGUGGUUCAUUUUAGCUUGUGAUUUGUCUCGAAGUGUAAUUUGACCACAAUGACUUGGAAGAGCAGAGGAGAUACAUCUUCAAAGAGUGUGGUAUCAAAGAAAUGGACUCUUCUGUUUUGUAUUGGUUGCUUCUGUGCUGGGAUGCUAUUUUCGGACAGAAUGUGGACUGUGCCUGAAGUUAAAGGAAUAUCAAGGGCAACUAGUCUUGAAGAUGAAAAGUUAAAUCUAGUUUCAGAGGGUUGUGCUCCAGAAACUAAUGUAAAGCAUGAAUCCAAGGACAUAAUGGGAGAAGUUUCAAAGACACAUCAUGCUAUACAAACUCUGGAUAAAACAAUAUCAAAUUUGGAGAUGGAGUUAGCUGCUGCGAGGGCUGCACAGGAGUCCAUACUUAAUGGUUCUCCAGUAUCAGACAACGUAAAAAUCAGUCAAUCAAAUGGGAAAAGAAAGUAUUUAAUGGUUAUAGGUAUAAAUACUGCUUUUAGCAGCCGAAAGCGAAGAGAUUCUGUUCGUGCUACUUGGAUGCCCCAAGGUGAUAAAAGAAAGAAGCUUGAGGAAGAGAAGGGCAUCAUAAUUCGCUUUGUAAUAGGUCACAGUGCGACAGCAGGAGGUAUCCUUGACAGAGCUAUUGAAGCAGAAGACAAAAAGCAUGGGGACUUAUUGAGGCUGGAGCAUGUUGAGGGUUACCUUGAAUUGUCUGCAAAGACAAAGAUAUACUUUUCUACUGCUGUUGCGUUGUGGGAUGCAGAUUUCUAUGUCAAAGUUGAUGAUGAUGUGCAUGUAAAUAUAGCUACGCUGGGAGCAACUUUAGCUAGGCAUCGGUCUAAACCCAGGGUCUAUAUAGGAUGCAUGAAGUCCGGUCCAGUCCUUGCUCAAAAGGGAGUGAAAUACCAUGAACCUGAGUAUUGGAAAUUUGGGGAAGAAGGAAACAAGUAUUUCCGUCACGCUACAGGGCAGCUAUAUGCUAUUUCAAAUGAUUUGGCCACUUAUGUAUCAAUUAACCAACACGUGUUACACAAGUAUGCUAAUGAGGAUGUAUCAUUGGGGUCGUGGUUCAUUGGAUUGGAUGUGGAUCAUAUUGAUGACCGGAGACUCUGCUGUGGUACACCGCCUGAUUGCGAGUGGAAGGCCCAGGCAGGCAACAUCUGCGUUGCUUCAUUUGAUUGGAGCUGCAGUGGGAUUUGCAAGUCCGUUGAUAGAAUCAAGGAGGUUCACCGGCGUUGUGGGGAAGGUGAGAAUGCUUUAUGGAGUGCAGAAUUCUAAUAAAUAGCUAUUCUUCCAAACUCAGGAGGAAGCAAAUAGAAAUUUGGAUAUAGAGGGAUCAUUACGUGUCAAAAUGUAAAAUGAAAGAGAUGGGUUUGGGAAAGUAAUUGCUACUGGGAUUCUGCUCCAUUUUAGGCAAGGAGCAAGCACCAAUAGCAAAAUUUAGAGAUUGUAAUUAUUUAUUCUUUAUAUGCUUGGAGAAGCCAUUUUGUAAGUUUGUCAUGGCUAAUGAAACUCCUAAAUAAGUGCCGAAGUUCUUCUGCUACCUUUAACUUCAUAAAUUAGAAGAAUCUUGAAAUUUUGUUGGGAGUAUUA